AUGGCCGCGCCCGCGUGAGGCGCCGCUGGGGCUUGCGCUGCGCUCUGCGGAAGGAGCCCCGGUCCCGCUGCCGCCGCGCGCCCGCCCUCCCCCCGCCCCUCCUUUUUCCUGUGGCAGGCAGAAAUAAUGUUGAUAUUUGGAACCCAUGUCGAACAAGCAUGAAGAGAGGGCAACGAUGAUUGCAGCCGGGGAUUUGCAGGAGUUUGUUCCUUUUGGCCGUGACUACUGCAGGCACCACCCUAAUGCCCUGAACCUUCAGCUGCGGGAGCUGCAGCCAGCUUCUGAGCUAUGGUCCUCUGAUGGAGCUGCUGGCCUUGUGGGAUCUUUUCAGGAGGUGACAAUCCACGAAAAACAGAAGGAGAGUUGGCAGCUGAGGAAAGGAGUCAGUGAUGUCGGUGAAGAAGUGGACUAUGAUGAAGAAUUGUAUGUGGCUGGCAAUGUGGUCAUUUGGAGCAAAGGAAGUAAAAGCCAAGCCUCUACUGUUUAUAAGGCUUUCACUGUGGAUAGUCCUGUUUUACAGGCAUUGUGGUGUGAUUUCACCAUACCACAGGAAAAAUGUGGAAAGGAUGACAUUUCAGACAGCAAUGAAAUGGUAGAGAAAUGUAUCUGCAUAUUGCAGAGCUCCUGCAUAAAUGUUCAUAGCAUAGAAGGAAAAGAUUUUGUUGCUGCUUUACCUUUUCAGGUGGCAAAUGUCUGGCCAACAAAAUAUGGCUUGCUGUUUGAGCGCAGUAGUUCUUCUCAUGAAGUACCCCCAAGUCCACCCAGAGAACCUUUGCCUACUAUGUUCAGCAUGCUUCACCCAUUAGAUGAGAUAACACCUCUUAUCUGCAAAUCUGGAGGUGUGUUUCCCCCUGCUAGAGUACAGUAUGUUGCUGAUUACACCCUAAGAGUAGUUUUUGUCAAUGCUGAACCUUCCAUCAUGAUGACAUAUGACACUGUUCAGAGUUUGCAUACUAUUUGGGCUCUUCGUAGAGUGAAACCAGAGGAGCAGAAUGCAGUCCUUAAGUUCUCUCAGCAGGUGGGGACACCACAGCAUCUGGCCACUAGUAGCUCUUUGACUGCACAUCUCAGGAGUCUCUCCAAGGGCGAAUCCCCUGUGGCCUCUCCUUUCCAGAACUAUUCUUCUAUUCAUAGCCAAAGUCGGUCGGGGUCAUCACCAAGUGUGCACUCCCGUUCACCUUCUAUAUCUAACAUGGCAGCUCUUAGCCGUUCUCACUCCCCUGCAUUAGGGGUGCACUCUUUCUCGGGAGUGCAGAGAUUCAACUUUUCCAGUAAUACCCAGUCACCGAAGAGGCAAAAUAUUAGCCAUUCACCAAACAACACUUCUAAUGACUCCUUCAUUGUACCAGAAACUGAGUCAAUUGUUCCAGAGCUGUGUAUAGACCACCUGUGGACAGAGACCAUCAUGAACGUGAGAGAGAAGAAUUCCCAGGCCUCAAAAGUGUUUAUUACAACUGAUCUCUGUGGGCAAAAGUUCUUAUGUUUUUUAGUGGAAUCGCAGCUCCAGUUACGCUGUGUAAAAUUUCAAGAGAGCAAUGAUAAGUCGCAGUUGAUCUUUGGUUCUGUUACCAAUAUACAGGCAAAGGAUGCAGCUCCAGUGGAGGGUAUUGACACGUUGUUGGUUCUGGAAGGUAGUGGAAACCUGGUGCUAUAUACUGGAGUGGUACGGGUAGGGAAGGUCUUCAUUCCUGGACUGCCAGCUCCAUCACUGACAAUGUCAAACCAAAUGCCUCGGCCGAGCACUCCAUUGGAUAGUGUCAGUACUCCUUCCAAGCCUUUGAAUAAGCACCUGGCACCCUUGGAUGAGGGAGUACUGUUGUCACCAGUUCCAGAGCUCAGGGAUUCUUCCAAACUUCAUGAGUCCUCUUAUAUUGAUGAUUGUACUUUCCAGCAACUUGGAACAUUCAUUCAUUCUGUGAGAGAUCCUGUCCACAACCGAGUAACUUUAGAACUCAGCAAUAAUACAACAGUUAGGAUUGCCAUUCCUGAAAUUGCCACCUCAGAACUAGUGAAAAGAUGUUUGCAAGGAAUUAAGUCCAUCCUGCCCAAAGAGAUAGCUGUGCAAAUGCUUGUCAAGUGGUAUAAUGCCUAUAACGCUCCAGGAGGGCCAAGUUAUCACUCGGAGUGGAAUUUAUUCGUAACAUGUCUCAUGAAUAUGAUGGGUUACAAUACGGACAGAUUAGCAUGGACGCGAAAUUUUGAUUUUGAAGGAUCCCUUUCCCCAGUUAUUGCUCCCAAGAAGGCCAGACCUUCAGAGAUAGGAUCUGAUGAGGACUGGGAAUACCUGUUAAAUUCUGACUACCAUCGAAACUUUGAGUCACACCCUUUGGCUGGAGCCUUGGGGUUAGAUCCGUUGGAAAUUUCAACUCCAAAAGAAGACUUUUUGCAUAGCCUUAGCUUGGAUUCCUCAACUCUUCUCUUCACACACAUUCCUGCUAUUUUCUUUGUGCUUCAUUUGAUCUAUGAGGAGCUUAAAUUGAACAGCCUGAUGGGAGAAGGAAUUCGUUCGCUUGUUUUUCUUUUGGUUCAGCUGGCAAGGGACUUAGAACUUGAAGCUUACAUAGAUUAUUACUACAGAGACUACCCAGCACUUGUAAAAACUUCCAGACAAGCGUGCAUAAUUGAACAAGUCCAAACAGGUUUCAUGCACCAUCCUUCAUUUUUUUCUGCUGAGCCUCCAAGUAUAUUUCAGUGGCUGAGUUCCUGUCUCAGGGGGGAAGGAGUGCAACCAUAUCCUUACUUGCCAGGAAUCUGCGAGAGGAGCAAGCUGGUAGUUCUGAGUGUUGCACUGUACAUACUUGGCGAUGAAAGAGCUGUUUCAAAUGAAGCAUCACAUUAUUUGUACAGAAUAACUUCAGGGCAAAGAAAACAGCCUGCAGAACAGGAUGACUGUCGAUGCAGUGUCACACAAAGCACAUCUGUUUCCAACCUAGCUGAAAAAUUAGUUAUCUGGAUGACUAAUGUAGGUUUCACUUUGAGAGAUUUGGAGUCUCUCCCCUUUGGGGUUGCUCUUCCUAUCAGAGAUGCAAUAUACCGCUGCCGAGAGCAGCCUGCCUCAGACUGGCCAGAAGCUGUCUGUCUCUUGAUUGGGCGUCAGGAUCUUUCCAAACAAGCACAUGAAGGGAACUUGCCAAAGAGUAAAUCUUCUGUUUCCCAAGUGCUCUCAUCUGAUGUGCCUUCAGGAGCUGAGGCAGAAGAGGAGGAUGAUGGUAUGAAUGAUAUGAACCAGGAAGUGAUGUCACUAAUAUGGAGUGAGGAUUUGAGAGUACAGGAAGUACGCAGACUCCUUCAAAGUGCCCAUCCUGUACGCGUCAAUGUAGUACAGAUGCCAGAAGUCAGUGAUCAUGAAUAUAUAGAAGAAAAAGAAAACAGGUUAUUACAGCUGUGUCAGCGGACAAUGGCACUACCUGUAGGUCGAGGAAUGUUUACUCUGUUCUCUUAUCAUCCAAUUCCAACAGAACCACUGCCUAUUCCUAAACUGAAUCUAACAGGCCGUGCUCCUCCUAGGAACACUACUGUUGACCUCAAUAGUGGGAACAUUGAUGUGCCUCCAAAUAUGGCUUGCUGGGCCAGUUUUCAUAAUGGUGUAGCUGCUGGACUGAAGAUAGCCCCUACUUCCCAGAUAGACUCUGCCUGGAUUGUCUAUAACAAGCCAAAAAAUGCAGAUCUAGCCAAUGAAUAUGCAGGUUUCCUCAUGGCUUUGGGUCUCAACGGGCACCUCACAAAGCUUGCCACACUCAACAUACAUGACUAUUUGACCAAGGGCCAUGAAAUGACGAGCAUUGGGUUAUUGCUUGGUGUUUCUGCUGCCAAACUAGGCACAAUGGAUAUGGCUAUUACUCGGCUCCUUAGCAUCCACAUACCUGCUCUCCUACCCCCAACUUCAACAGAACUGGAUGUCCCUCACAAUGUCCAGGUGGCUGCUGUGAUAGGAAUAGGCCUGAUAUAUCAAGGAACUGCUCACCGGCACACAGCAGAGGUACUGCUGGCUGAAAUAGGACGUCCACCAGGUCCUGAAAUGGAAUACUGCACUGACAGAGAGUCCUAUUCUCUAGCAUCUGGCCUGGCCUUAGGCAUGGUUUGUCUAGGGCAUGGCAGCAACUUGAUAGGCAUGUCAGAUCUUAACGUUCCUGAGCAGCUUUACCAAUACAUGGUUGGAGGUCAUCGACGAUUCCAAGCAGGAAUGCACAGAGAGAGACACAAAUCUCCAAGUUACCAGAUCAAGGAAGGAGAUACCAUAAAUGUGGAUGUUACUUGUCCAGGUGCAACGCUAGCACUUGCUAUGAUCUACUUAAAGACUAAUAACAGGUCCAUUGCUGACUGGCUUCGAGCUCCUGAUACAAUGUAUUUACUGGACUUUGUUAAACCAGAAUUUCUCUUAUUGAGGACACUUGCUCGAUGCUUGAUUUUAUGGGAUGACAUUUUGCCUGAUUCCAAGUGGGUUGACAGCAAUGUGCCACAAAUUAUAAGAGAGAAUAGUAUAUCCCGUCAGGCAACAGAACUGCCACCAUCAGAAGAUCUGAAUUUGGAGACUCUGGCGCAAGCACGGGUCUACAUUAUUGCUGGUGCCUGUUUGUCGUUGGGUUUUCGAUUCGCUGGUUCAGAAAAUAUAGCUGCAUUUAACUGCCUGUACAAGUUUGCCAAAGAUUUCAUGAAGUGUUUAUCAAUACUGCCUACAGCUUCCAUAACAGGCCACUAUAACCUCGAAACCUGCUUGAGUGUUGUUCUCCUAUCUCUUGCAAUGGUGAUGGCUGGGUCUGGAAAUCUGAAGGUCCUCCAGCUUUGUCGUUUCAUGCACAAGAAGACAGGUGGAGAAAUGAACUAUGGGUUCCAUCUGGCUCAUCACAUGGCUCUUGGGCUUCUCUUUUUGGGGGGAGGAAGAUACUCACUGAGCACUUCUGAUUCUUCAAUUGCUGCCCUUCUCUGUGCAUUGUAUCCUCACUUCCCUGUUCACAGCACUGACAACAGGUAUCACCUUCAGGCCUUACGGCACCUCUAUGUGCUGGCAGCAGAGCCAAGGCUUCUAGUACCUGUUGAUGUAGAUACAAAUACUCCAUGUUAUGCAUUACUAGAGGUCACAUUCAAGGGUACACAGUGGUAUGAAGAAACCACAGAAGAAAUGAUGGCACCAACCCUUCUCCCUGAGCUCUACUUACUGAAACAGAUCCGAGUGAAAGGCCCACGAUACUGGGAAUUACUAAUUGAUUUAAGCAAGGGAAUGCACCAUUUGAAAUCAAUUCUUUCCAAGGAUGGUGUCCUGUAUGUAAAACUGAGAGCAGGGCAGCUGUCAUACAAGGAGGACCCAAAGGGUUGGCGCAGUUUGUUAGCCCAGACUGUCACUCACAGGAACUCCGAAGCUCGAGCAUUCAAGCCGGAAGCAAUUUCAGCCUUCACGUCGGAUCCAGCGCUGCUUUCAUUUGCUGACUAUUUCUGCAAACCAACUGUGAACAUGGAUCAGAAACAGGAAAUUCUGGACCUUUUCUCCUCUAUUCUUUAUGAGUGUGUUACUCAAGAGAAUCCAGAAAUGCUGCCCACCUACAUAGCAAUAGAUCAGGCAGUGAGAAGGUUGGAGAGAAGAGAAAUGUCUGAGACGUUUGAAUUGUUCCAGAUAAGGCUGGUUUUAGAAUUCUUCAACUCCAGGAGCCACCAGGACAAGAUGGGAAGAAGUCCAAGCAGAGGGCUCUUCAUGAACUCUGAAUUUUUGCCUGUGAUGAAGUGCACUAUUGAUAACACUUUGGAUCAGUGGCUACAAGUUGGAGGUGAUGUGUCUCUGCGUUCCUAUUUAAGUGGGCAGCCUGCUGAGGAAUCUCAAUCAAGUAUGCUGGCUUGCUUCCUUGUUUACUAUGCAGUGGCAACUCCAGGGCAGCUAGCAGCAGGAGGCUUGGAAGGAAUUACCAGCUUUUCUGAACUGCUGUUGAAAUUCCGGCAGCUGAAAAUGCCAGUUCACACAUUACUCAGACUUGCACCUUUGCUGCUUGGAAAUCCAGAGUCAAUGGUAUGGUAGUUGUGCCAAAACAGAAACCUGCAACAUGAAUUUCACACCCAGUGACCAAAUGUCAGUGAUGACUGUCUCGUGUGUUAAAUUAUUUGAAAAGUGACAGGGGUAAAACAAACUUAAUUUUGUAACUUUGCAAGGAACAGCGUACUUUGAACUUGUCUGUGGGUGUUGUGACUGUGAUUACGGGGAUCUGCUUAUGAAGUGAUGCCAUAAAUUGUAGAUGGGUAAUGGUGAAUUAAUAAUAAAUUUUACUUUUGUAACUAAA